GCAUGCGCGGCCGUGGGGCCGUGCUUCCGGGAGGCGGAGGUGGGGCCUGGGCACCCGAGGGGUGGGACCCUGCUCGCGGCUGCGACCCCGACCCCGACCCCGACCCGGAUCCACUGCCCAACCUCGCACGGAGAUCCUGAGUGGGACCCCGACCCCAGACUGCCCGCAUGGCCCGCCACGUGUUCCUGACGGGCCCCCCAGGGGUCGGAAAAACAACACUAAUCCAGAAAACCAGUGAGGUGUUAAGGUCCUCUGGUGUGCCUGUGGAUGGAUUCUACACAGAAGAAGUCAGACAGGGAGGGAGAAGAAUAGGAUUUGAUGUCGUCACACUGUCUGGCUCCCGGGGGCCUUUAUCUAGAACCGGGUCAGAGCCUCCACCUGGAAAACGUGAAUGCCGAGUUGGGCAGUAUGUGGUUGACGUGACUUCUUUUGAGCAGUUGGCGCUUCCCGUCCUGCGAAAUCCCAUGGAGGGCAGCCUUGGCCCUGUCCACUUUCCACCUCUCAGCUCUCCAUCAUCACUCAGUUCCAUGGAGAAGGCAGACACGAGGACACUGUGUCUGUGUUCUCAGAAGGGAGACCAGCUUUGUGUUCAGGUAAGUGCAGUAGAAAAAAAUCUAAGUGCAUCAGAAACAGACGUUGGGCUGUUGUUCAGACCUCUGUUGGGUGAUUACAGUGGAAAAAUUCUUGGUCUUUGUGCUACUAAAAAGAGUGGAGAAACAUAGCAUAUGUCCACAGUGUUCAGUAAGAAGGUAGAGCAUCACUGACAUAAAAGUCUGAGACUCUGCUUUCAUGCUCUCCUCCAACCACAAACUGGGUUAAGACCCCACCCUCUCAUAUUGUCUGUCCCAGUGUCUGACACAUCAUCUUUACUUCACGCAGCCCCAGACAUUCUCACACAACUUGUGAUCCCCCUGGUGUAGGCUUUUGUCUGUGGAACAAAAUCUCCACUGCACUGCACUCCAUCAAGGCCUAUAAGAUCUGGCCCUUGUGUCCCUGGCUGCCACAUGCACCUUCCACCAGUGAUACUGCACCCCACAUAGCUUUGGCAUUUGGGAUUUGAGGAAAAUCCAGUGUAACUGAGACAGGCACUCCUGGACUGCAUUGCUGUCACCUUGUAAACCAGCUUCACAUACAGUUUUCACAAAGCUCGUUUACACAGAGAUAUGUAAAAUGGAGUUGUCACUUAGCAUUCAUUGAAGUGUUUAUUCUAUGUUCUGUUGUGUCCCUCCUGAGGGAGGCCAGAGUCCUAUCAGCUUUCUCAACAAGGUCAUUCUAGAGAGUACUUGUCCACUCGUUACCUGUUGGCUUUGUAGCAGAUCACCCCCAAGUACAGCAGCUUAAGGCAGCAACCGUGUUAUUUCACAGAGCCUGAGGGGCAGGAAUCCAGGUGUAGCUUUGCUGGUGGUUCUGGCUCAGGGGCUCUCAUUGCUGUAGGACACGUGUCUGCUGGGCCUGUGGUCCUGAGGGGUCUGCCUCUGAGCCUGCUCAGUUGGUGGCUGGCAGGCUGGUCCUCUCUGGCUAUAGGCAUGAGGCCUCAAGUGCAUCACCACAUGGUCCUGUGUGUCCUCACAACAUGACAGCUCCCCUCCCAAGAACGAGUGAUCCUAGAAAGGCCAGCCAUACAGAAAAAGCAGGCUUCGUUUGCUCUAGUCUCAGAGGUGACGUACCAUUGCCGUAUUCUGUCGAUCACACAUACUACCUUGUUACUAUGCGAGAGGGCUGUGUGUGGAAUCAGUAGAACUCUUGGAUGCUGGCUGCCAUGCCUAUUCUGAGUAGGAUUUUCAAGGAAGUAAUGGACAUGGAUUGGAAUAAAGUCAUUAGAAAAAGGAAUCUGAGAUCUAAAGGGCACCAUUGCACUCACAGUCACUUGUUUUUCUUUUAACUGAAGAAGGAAGACUAUUUCUCUUUUUAUUUUUCUGUCUUUCCAUGAACUCUCAUAGGUCAGAUUAUGAAAUGCAUCUGCCUGUAGCAAUUAUCUUUCUCAACAAAUGGGGAAUAUCUUAUGACCCAAAAUAAAGCAAAAAUGGUAUUAUUAAUAAAGGUUAAUUAUUGAUAAGCUUUGCUGUUUCAUUUAAUUUAAACCUGAAGUGUUCAGGAGCCAUUUGUUUCCUGAGUAUAUGUGAAUACAAAGCUUCAUUACUGUUGCUGUUUUUUUUUUGUUUGUUUGUUUGUUUUUUAAUUUAUUUGAAAGGCAGAGUUACAGAGGGGCAAAGGCAGAGAGAGAGGUCUUCCAUCCCUGGUUCACUCCCCAGAUGGCUGCAACGGCCGGAGUGGGUCUAAUCCGAAGCCAAGAGCCAGGAGCUUCCUCCAGGUCCCCCAUGUGGGUGCAGGGACCCAAGCACCUGGGCCAUCUUCCACUGCUUUCCCAGGCACAUUAGCAGGGAGCUGGAUCAGAAGCGGAGCAGCCAGGACUCAAACCAUAUGGGAUGCCGGCACUGCAGGCGGUGUCCUUACCCGCUAUGCCACAGAGCCAGCCCCUGCUGCUGUUUUGAAGGAGUAAUUCUGAGAAGCUUGUUGACUCAGGGAAUCGGAUUUUCUGGGUACUGCAGCUCCAAAGGAGCCCUUCUAAGAUUAGUCUCCACAACUUGCUCCCUGUGGACCACAGGGACCAUCUUCUGACUUCAAAAGCAUAGCUGACUCACCCUGUGACUGCUGGUUGGUGACUGAUGGGGCGGGACCCAGGGGCCCUUUGGCUAAUGUGACUUUGGUUCCUUGUCAAUGUCUUUGUC